AUGUGUUGUAACUACUACGGAAGCUCCUGUGGCUAUGGUUGUGGCUAUGGCUCUGGCUCUGGCUGUAGAUAUGGCUCUGGCUAUGGCUGUAGAUAUGGCUCCAGCUAUGGCUCUGGUUGUGGUUGUGGCUAUGGCUCUGGCUUUGGCUGUGGAUAUGGCUCUGGUUAUGGCUGUGGAUAUGGCUCAGGCUAUGGCUGUGGAUAUGGUUCAGGCUACGGCUGUGGAUAUGGUUCAGGCUAUGGCUGUGGAUAUGGCUCCAGCUAUGGCUGUGGAUAUGGUUCAGGCUAUGGCUGUGGAUAUGGCUCUGGCUAUGGAAGUGGCUGUGGAUAUGGCUCCUACUAUAGGUCUGGAUGCUGUGGCUACCGACCAUCUUGCUACAGAAGAUGCUAUUCUUGUUGCUAG